CACAGGCACAGCAGUACGAAAACGCAGCCGAGUCGGCAAAUAAGGCGAGUCGAGGCUGUGUGGAGCAAGUGCGCGCGUUCGGUGACUGCCUGGCUAGGGCUACGCUUCGUCGGGAGGACGGACGCCACGCGGCUUUCCCACCCCCCUUCCCGCUGGGGGUGCGGAACGAGGCGAGAGGCCAUGCAGGCGGAAUCGGGCAUUGUGCCGGACUUCGAGGUGGGCGAGGAGUUCCACGAGGAGCCCAAGAUCUACUAUGAGCUGAAAAGUCAGCCGCUGAAAAACAGCAGUUUGGAGCACCCUGGAGCUUCCAAGCCUCCGCUAAGCUCCUCCAAUAUGACAUCACGGAUUUUGCUACGACAGCAGCUCAUGCGUGAGCAAAUGCAGGAACAAGAACGCCGAGAGCAGCGACAGAAGCAGCAGGCAGCUCAGUUCAUGCAGCAGAGAGGGUCUGUGAGUCAGACACCUGCCAUCAACGUCAGCCUCCCCGCCAGCCUUCCUCCUGCGACUCAGGUGCCAAUGGAAGUCCUGAAGGUGCAGACUCACCUGGAAAACCCCACCAAGUACCACAUCCAACAAGCUCAACGGCAACAAGUCAAACAAUACCUCUCAACUACGUUAGCAAAUAAGCACAACAAUCAGGCGUUAAGCUUACCUUGCCCAAAUCAGCCCGUUGACCACGUUAUGCCACCGGGCACUGGAAGCAGUGCACCCAACAGCCCUAUGGCCAUGCUUACAUUAAGCUCCAACUGUGAAAAAGAGGGCUUUUAUAAAUUUGAAGAACAAAACAACAGAGCCGAAAACGAAUGCCAGUCUCUGAAUACACAUUCUCGAGUGUCAUGCAUGCAGAUGGAUGAGGUAAUUGAUGACAUAAUCAGUUUGGAAUCAAGUUAUAAUGAAGAAAUCUUUGGUUUGAUGGAUCCUGCUCUACAAAUUGCAAAUACGUUACCUGUCUCUGGCAAUCUAGUGGACCUCUAUGGGAAUCAAGGUUUGCCUCCUCCAGGACUUAACAUCAGCAAUUCCUGCCCUGCUAACCUUCCUAAUAUAAAAAGGGAACUCACAGGACUUGGCCGUCUCGUUCCCCAACCUUCUGGAGAAGAUUUUGAGGGUGCAGGGUACACAGGGGUACACGAAAAAGGAGGAAUCUCUUCCUUUCCUGUUCUACUGAUGGAAAAUAUUCUGGCAGAUGGAGGCUUAACUGAAUGCAGCCCGUUAUCCUCAGAAUCAGAGGCAAGAGCUUUGGCCAAAGAAAGACAAAAGAAAGACAAUCACAAUUUAAUUGAAAGAAGACGACGAUUCAAUAUUAAUGAUCGCAUAAAAGAACUUGGUACUCUGAUACCGAAAUCAAAUGACCCAGACAUGCGUUGGAACAAGGGAACUAUUUUAAAAGCUUCUGUGGACUACAUCCGUAAAUUGCAGAGAGAACAGCAACGGACAAAAGAGCUAGAGAAUAGGCAAAAGAAACUGGAACAUGCUAAUAGACAUCUUUUGCUCAGAAUACAGGAGCUUGAGAUGCAGGCUCGAGCUCACGGACUUUCCAUCAUGCCAGCCACGGGCCUUUGCUCUCCAGAAAUGGUAAACCGGCUGAUCAAACAAGAGCCUGUGCUUGACAACUGCAGCCAGGAAAUCCUACAGCAACACCAUCCUGCGCUUUCUUCCACGACUACUCUUGACCUUACCGACGGCACCAUCACUUUCAAUGGCGGCCUGGCAAACGUGACAGAAUCGGCCACAAGCACUUACGCCGUCCCUCCCAAAAUGGGGUCUAAACUGGAAGAUAUGUUGAUGGAUGACACCCUGUCUCCCGUCGGAGUUACUGAUCCACUCCUAUCGUCGGUCUCUCCCGGAGCGUCAAAAACAAGUAGCCGGAGUAGCAGUGUAAGCAUGGAAGACACUGACCAUGCUUGUUAGUGGAUAUCCUUAGAUAGGCCUCUCACAAACUUCUUCGCUUUUCCUGAUCAGUAGAUUAAAGUAACUUUUCUUCUCCCUUACCCCCCUAAUAUUUGAAUAUAUAAGUCUACGGAUAGCUCAGCGUAUAUGUGACUUUUUUUUAAUGUUUGAAAAGACUUGUAUAUUGUUUUAUAACUCCAGUGCUUCCAAAGUGUAGUACUGUAUCUGUGAACUAGGAUCAUCAAGGAACUCCACAUGAUUUCAUCUCUACUCAGAAGCAAUAGACCUCCACAGAUCAGCAAAAUGUACUAAAGAGGAAACUUCAGUAUAACUAAGUAAAGUGACUUGGAAGUGAAAUGAAGAAGAAUGUAUAGAAACCAAAAAGAAAAUGAGCUUUGUAUAAACUAUUUUUCUGUUGACUUAAUAGUGCCUCCUUUAAAAAAAAAAGUAUACAGCAUCUAUUAAUUCCUAUAAUCUUUCCCACGGUGAUAGAUACUAUACAUGCAUCAACAGGUUACCUGUACAGAAACUAACUGAUUUUAAGUACAGUUCAAGCUAGAUUUAAUGCCAAGAUUCAGUGAUAUUUAAGUUCCUAUUAUUAUCCAUUAAGCGAGCACUCUUCAAAAUUACGUCUCACCUUUUCAAAAAGCAUUACCUUUAAAUAAUCAUGAGGAAAUUAUUUUUUAAAAAAAUAUUAUACAAGACUUCAUAAUACAAACUUAGUAUUUUUCUCUCAACAGGGCAUAAAAAAUUAUUUCAUCUUUUUUUUUAAAAAAUGUGGUACAAAUACCUGAUUUAAAUGAAAUUUUCAAUUUUUUAUUCAACAUUUCAUUCUGAAUACAUUUUUUAAAUAAGAAAAUGCCUCUAGCCCAGUGUUUCUUGAGAAACACUGCAGUCUAGCCAUUGCAUCAAGUUUUUGUCAGUUAAAUUUCACUGAAAGAAAGCUAGUUUAGUGUAGUGGUUAAAGCCCCGGACUAGAAACUGGGAGACCAUGAGUUUUAAUCUUGCCUUAGGCACAAGG